GUUUUCCUGUGUUGGCUGGCGGCGGUUUGCGAUCGUGAAGCGCGGGGCCGCCGGAGGCAAUGGACGACGAGGAGGAGACCUACCGGCUGUGGAAGAUCCGGAAAACGAUAAUGCAGCUUUGCCAUGAUCGAGGCUACCUGGUGACGCAGGAUGAGUUGGACCAGACCCUGGAUGAGUUCAAAGCUCAGUUUGGGGAUAAGCCCAGUGAGGGGAGGCCACGGCGGACAGACCUCACCGUGCUGGUGGCCCACAACGAUGACCCCACGGAUCAGAUGUUUGUGUUCUUCCCAGAGGAACCCAAAGUUGGGAUUAAGACUAUCAAGAUGUACUGCCAGCGAAUGCAGGAGGAAAACAUCACCCGGGCCCUCAUUGUUGUACAGCAAGGCAUGACUCCAUCAGCAAAACAGUCUCUUGUGGACAUGGCUCCCAAGUACAUCCUUGAACAGUUUCUUCAGCAGGAGCUGCUGAUCAACAUCACCGAACACGAGUUGGUUCCUGAACACGUGGUCAUGACCAAGGAAGAAGUGACAGAGUUACUUGCCAGAUAUAAGCUAAGGGAGAACCAGCUUCCCCGGAUCCAGGCCGGCGACCCAGUGGCCAGGUACUUUGGAAUCAAGCGCGGACAGGUGGUCAAGAUCAUCCGUCCCAGUGAAACUGCUGGCCGAUACAUUACCUACCGGCUGGUGCAGUAACAGCUGGGAGCUCUUUUAUCAGGGACCGGAAGCUGGACUUUGACAAAAAGAGUUGCAUGUUUCAGCCCACACUAAAACAGAUAUGUAAUGAGUUUUAAUUUGUAUUGUGAUUAUUUGGACUGUUCUUUUAAUGCAGUUUGCUUAAGCUUUGAGCCAAUGCAGUAAAAUUUAUGAUGAUGAAAUAGGUGGGAAUAUAAGCAGAGAGCCCUGCUGGGCCAGACUCUAGCCAGCAUCUUAUCUCACAGGGGCCAACCAGUUACUCUGAAGGGCCAGCAACAGGGCAUAGAGGCGUAGAUAUGGUCCAGGUUCCCUUUAGAAAGAUAAUACAGUGAGUAAAAUACAUUAUUGGACAACCUGGGCUCCUGUAAAAAAAAAAGUGUGCAGUUUUCCAUGUUGUUACAUUUCCAUUCUGUUCAAACAAACUAAAAAGGUGUCCAUAGAAAGAUAAACUUGUUGAGGGCAUUUCUGACAAAGGCCCAUUUUAUAGAAGCUUUGGAGGGUAUACUGCAGAUCAGUGCUUGUUGCUGCCUCUGUCUCUUGUCUGAAGUUCCUUGUGCUGUACAGUUAAGAAAUCGCUCACCUGCCUGUCUGCCUUUUGGGUACUUAUUCCAAGGAAAGCCAAGAUGGCGUGGAUGCCCCAUGAGACUGCCGCGCUUGGUGUCAUGAGCCAUGCAAGCUUCUAGACCUCUUGAUCCAAGGAGCCCCAGAGGGGAGGAAUAGCUGGCACUCUGCUUAAUACUCCUCCAGCCUGGUCAGCUGCGAAAGUGGAUGCCUGAAAGUGUCUGCCAGUUGUCAAUAACUUGACCUCAGGCACGUGGACAAGGGCUGGUUCUGCUUGCAAAAACGAUGCCUUUUCCAAGCUGCACCGUGGAAGGGUUCUCUGGCUCUGUGUGUGUAUUCGCUUGGGAGAGUCGUCAUAAACCCUCCGGACUCCCCAGAUUUUCCUGUUGCCUGUUUUGUAUUUCAGAAAAAACUGCUCGGUGCAAGAUAGCCUUGGUUGUCUUGAGACUUAUUUUAAUAAAAGAUUGGAACAAGC